GGAAGCAUGUGGCGUGGACCGGUCGUCGCGUUGCUUCUUCUCGUCUGUUGCGUCUGUUUGCUCGAGGCUGCGAGCGUCGAGACGCGUCGAAACGUUCGUUCAAACAAACCGGCAUCGUCGGCCAUUGCCACGGAAGUGGAGGAUCUGCUCGGCGAAGGAAACUCGCCGGGGAAACAGCAAGAGACGGCCAAAAAGGACGCGAGGAACAUGUCCGGCAAAUCAGACGAGGGUGGAUACUACAAGGCGUACGGUGGCGACGCCGAGGGUGAGAAGGGUUACUUGACGGCAACCUACAGCAAGGGUAAUCACGGUUAUAAGACCCUCGACACCUUCCACAAGCAGGAUGGCGACAAGUACGCAUUCGAGAAGCACGUCGCCUACGGCAAAGCGCGUGCUGACAAGAAAAGUAGCCACAACGACGAGGCACGCUCUCGUUCUGGAAAAGCCGGUGAUCACGAGGGCGCAGGCACCAUGGUCGAUACCCAUUACGCAACCUACGAGAGUGAUCAUCACGAUGAUAGCGGUGAACACCAUGCUGAAGCCAACGGGAGCCAUACUCACGAGGAUGACUCUCACUAUACGGAUCAUGGGCCAGGAUCUUUGAAUUACGAGCACGGUGGAAACUACGCAGACGGAGAGCAUGGUUCUUACGGAAGCCACAGCUCCUAUUCGAGAAGCUCUGGCAGCGAACACGAUGACAACGACCACCAUUACUAUUAA